GUGUGUGAUACUAGUGAGUGUUUGUGUGUACGGAUGUCUGCCGUGAAUCAGGAGAGUUCAGUGAACCGUCGCGAAUAGACGUUUCCGCCCACAAGAAAGAUGGCGGCUCCCUUGAUGGAGAAGCUGUCGGAGUCCUUAGGUUCCCCGGAGCCAGCGGUUCGACUCAUUUUAUCUAUUUUAAUCGGUUAUCCUUUCGCCCUGAUAUACCGGAGGUUCUUGUUCUACCAGCCAGCCACAGUUAUCCACUUGUUCCACGCUGUCUCCGGACUGGCUCUAGCAGCAUUUAACUUUGGCGCUCAGAUCUAUCACUCUGCAGUAUGCGUCUUGGUCCAAUUCCUGAUGCUGAGGCUCAUGGGGAGGACGGUCACAGCUGUCCUGAGCAGCUUUACCUUUCAAAUGGUGUACCUGCUGGCAGGGUAUUACUAUACAGCGACAGAGGAGUAUGACAUCAAGUGGACUAUGCCUCAUUGCGUCCUCACUCUCAAACUUAUUGGUUUGUCAUUUGAUUACUUUGACGGCGGGAAAGAACCAUCCCAGCUGAGUGCAGAGCAGAAGACUUCAGCUCUGUCGUCUGUGCCCUCUCUGCUUGAGGUGUGCGGCUUUUCCUACUUCUAUGGAGGCUUCCUGGUGGGGCCUCAGUUUACAAUGCGCAGCUACCAGAGACUGGUGGCAAGGGAACUCACCGACUCCCCUGGAAAGCCGCCUAACAGUGUUAUACCGGCUAUGAAGAGGUUUGGUCUGGGUUUUGUCUGCCUCCUGCUAUAUACAAUAUUUACUCCUUAUUUCCCAGACAGCUACUUCCUAACAGACGAGUAUGAGGCUCAACCAUUCUGGUAUCGCUGUGUGUUUAUUUUGCUUUGGGCUAAAAUCAUUUUGUAUAAAUAUGUCAGCUGUUGGGUUAUAGCGGAGGGUGUAUGUGUACUAUCUGGACUAGGCUACAAUGGGAUAGUAGAUGGUAAGCAUCAGUGGGACGCCUGUGCCAACAUGAAGGUGUGGAUGUUUGAAACCACGCCACUCUUUGGAGGAACGAUUUCUUCUUUCAACAUCAACACAAACGCCUGGGUUGCCAGGCAUGUGUUCAAGAGGUUGAAGUUCCUGGGCAAUAAAACCUUGUCUCAUGUGACCACGCUGUUCUUUUUGACAAUAUGGCAUGGCCUUCACUCAGGAUACUUCUUGUGCUUCUCCAUGGAGUUCAUCAUCGUCACUGUAGAGAGACAGGCCCUGGGACUAGUGAGGGACAGUCCCCUGCUGUCAAAGGUGGCCAACAGCCCACUUUACCCACUCAUCUAUGUAGUCCAGCAGUUUAUUCACUGGCUCUUCAUGGGUUACCCUCUGGUGCCAUUCUGCCUCUUCAGCUACGACAAAUGGCUCAAGGUCUACUCGUCCGUCUACUUCUGCGGUCACCUAUUCUUCCUCGCAGUCUUUUUAAGCGUACCAUACCUCCGUAAGGCACUGGUGCCUAAGAGAGAACGGAGUCCGCAAAAGCAGGAUUAAAACUUGGUACUAAGACUUGGCAUGGUCCAUCUGAGGCUAAAUAUCCACUGAAGGGAACUGUGACUUUCAAGGAGCAGAACGGAAAAUAUUUUAAGGCCUUUUAGUAAUAUAUAUGUCCAUGUAAAAAUAAAUCUCUAUAUAUUUUUGUGUUUUAAAUGGUAAGGGUGUUUUUAUAAACAUUUGGAGAAAUGUUUACAGGAAAUGACCAUCGUGCCACAUGGGGUAAUUGUGAGCCAAUCAGGGGCGAUUUCCUGUUUGUUUGUUUUUUCCUCUUUUUUUUUUUUUUUUUUUUUAAAGAUGUGAGACUUGUAGAACAUGAGAGACUUAUAUGCUGUCUACACAGAAUUGCACUCACCAGUCACGGGUUCAGAGUCAUCAGCUCCAGUAUUGUUUUGUUUUGUUUUGUUUUGUUUCAUUUCUCUGUCUCACAUCUAGCACCCGCAAUUUAGCAGCAGCAAAACCUUCACGGGAGGGUUAAGCACAGCGCCAGCGUACGCGGCGCCUUUUAAUAUAAUAAUACGACAUGCAUACCGCUUUCUGCUGAAGAGAGACUGCUGCUCCGACAGAUAAUAAUAAUCAUCAGGGGGGUUGUUUCUUGAAAAUGGCUGCCAGUGGUUAUACAAGCACUGUAAAUCACACACUGUACACUAACACCCAACUCAAAAUGGCCUUGUAUUAAUGAAUGUUUUUACAGUACAUUUCUUUUGGUUUUAAUUUGAUUUGUGAAGAAAAAAAAGACUUGAUUUUAUAGAGUUUUAACAGCUUUUAUGAAAAAGAACAUUUUUGUAGCUUUGGAUAAGAUUUCAUGAAGGAUUUGCAUUUGUUCUGUGUCUUCUUGUCCUCGUUUGAUGUUUUGGGUUUUCUCUCGCCAUAUUGUAUAUCUUUCUCUCCCUCUGUUCGGUCUACACCACCCCUCUGUCUGUCUCGAUUCAAGCCCGGCUAUCAACACCGAAAUGCACAGAUGUGAAAUUGAAUCAUUUCCAAAGUAGAAAAAGAGGGGAAGGAAUCCCUCCUCACCUUGCACAGUGCCCAAGCAUACUGUCACUACGGCUCAUCCUGUUCACUCUGAUCUCCAGUAAGAGAUUUUAAAUUGAGCAGUUGCCUCAUUUUGAACUGGAAGCAAAACAAACAAAAAAAGAUAGGAGAGACGUCUCCUCUGACCUGUUCUUGUGUUUCUUAACAGCAGGCAAUUAAAAAAUGUGUGAAGUAGAUGCAUCCCACUCCACAGUGGGAAGGCCUCAUUUUUAUUUUAUCUUUUUUUGUUUGUUUUUGGGGGGGCCUGGAUUGUCUGAUCCAUGCUGGAGAGAGGCCCGUCUCUGCUGCUGCUACUGCUGCGGCCGUCCUUUCAACUGCUGACACACAUACACGGAGAGGACGAACCUCGCUGUAGCAACAACCCCAGAUUUUAGUAAUAUUUAUACAUGAAAUGGUGAUUAUUAAUUGAUGUGAAUUGCUAUUUCAAGAAUACUACUUUUUGCCUUAUUCCUACCAAAUGUACAAAAGGAAAAGAAAACUUGGGCUG